AUGCAUGAUGAAUUAACUGCUGCUUAUGGACAAGGUGUUGUUUCAUGUAGUACAGUUGCUUAUUGGAUUCAUCGAUUUUCAAGUGAACGGGAGUUGUUAGACGGUGAUCCUCGAAAUGGUCGUCCGUUAUCUGUCAUUAAUCAACAAAAUAUUGAGGUGGUCCAAGAUCUGGCGAAUGAUGAUCCAUAUAUUAGUAUUAAUUAUAUUGCUACCAUCUUAGACACAGCUAUCUCAUAA